UUAAAGGGUGGAGACACUUUCCUGUCUUCAAUAGAUUUCCCUGUUUGUGGACUCCAUCUCCCAGAAUUCCUGAUCGCGCCCUAAGGUGGCUGGGACUUUUGGGAGUUGAAGUCCAACAGCUGGGACACUAGUUUGUAAACCCAACGGAGACAUCGAUCUGUGAGAAGCGAGAGGGAAGCACGCCUUUCCCUGAGUAAAGAUGGCGCUCUCCCCGGUUUCCUAGUGAUGCUGCGCUGCCGGGCGUGAUGGCUCUCUGGAAAGCGGUGUCGCUCGCGAGGGUCACAGCCACGGGGAUGCGGGAGGCGGCGCCAGGGUUUAGAUGUAUUUCUGCUGUUCCCAGUUCCACACCUUCUGCUGAGGAUGAAGUGGAUACAAGAGAAAACGAGAUUGUAGCCCCUGAUUUCACUAACCGGAACCCACGUAAUCUGGAACGCUUGGCUCUGGCAAGGAAGGAACGGGGCUGGAGAACCACAUGGCCCAAACAAGACUAUUGGCAUAGGUUGCGACUUGCGCGAUCACAGAAGCAUGUGGAGGCCUACGUUGAGCAUUGCAGUGGUCACAUUGUAGUCUCCGCUUCCACCCAAGAGUGGGCCAUCAAGAAACACCUUCACAGUACAUCUAACAUAGCAGCAUGUGAGAAUGUGGGGCGAGUGCUGGCACAACGGUGUCUUGAAGCAGGAAUCGGCAUAGUGGACUUUCGCGCUACAAUUCCAUGGGAAAAACGUAGCGAAUCGGUCAAACGAUUUGAAAAUGCUAUGACAGAAGGUGGUAUUACUCUGAGAGAGGUACGAAGAAUAUAUGAAUAAGCUGAAGAUUCACAAGAAGACACUGAGAAAUACUGUUUCAAAGUCUGCUCUGCUCUACCCUUUCAGAAGAAAUAACCAUAGUUUAAUAAUACUGAAUCAUAUGUUCAUAAAUAAAAAUAUUAAAAUGGA